AUGUCUAGUCCAGGGAGACUGAUAUCACAAAUCGACGGUGUGGUCUACGUGGAUGAGGUGGCCCCUAUGGGCAGUGCUGGCAUCGACACCGAGGUGAAUUCGUCCUCCUCAAAAAGCCGGACAGUUGAUACUCAGCAGCUCAUACGGCCCGCCCGUCAGCACUUUUCCGAUGGAGAAAUUCGUCUGCUGGUCGACAUGGCCAUCGACAACAGGGAAAUCUUACGUUCUCGAGAAGAGGGAAGUGUUACGUUACGCGAUCAGCUAUACCAUAACAUAGCAGCUGCGAUGUCCGGACUGAAUCCCGAGGCGGCCCCGAAGACUGCAGGCCAGAUAAGGAAGAAACUGGACCAGAUGAUAUCGAAGGCUAGGAAGCUCUUGGACGAGCACCAAGAGGUCGGCUUUAUUCGCCAGAAGGUCCCACCAAUGCUGAUGAGACUCGCCAAUGAGUAUGUGAUGUGGGCCCAAAAGCAUUGGCCUAGAUAUUCGGACCUUCUACCUUGGCAGGGACAUGAUAACACAGUGCAAGACCCGAAUGGGAUGUAUAAUUUGUCACCAACGGCUCUCGUCCAUCCGAGCUUCAAGGACACACAAGCUGUGGGUGAUCCUCCACGCGGUCCGACUAUUAACACUCCUGGUGAUGGGUUGGAGACCACUAUGAUCGGUCUUCAGAAAGACCUAGCACGAUUAGAUUGCGAACUGCUGUCUGAGAAGAUUCUAUUGGUCAAUGCGGAGGUGAUCAACUUGAGAACUCAACUGUUGAGACGUCGUCGUAUGGAAAUGCCCGAGGGCCCAGAUCCUGCAUUGGAGUUCGCGACUUCAUUCGGUGCUUGUCCUGAAUCCGAGUCGGUACUGACAGAAAGCGCUAUGGCGAAGGCCGUCCAGUUGGCCGCUAAGGCCGUUGAGGAACUUCAGGAACAUCAGGCUCAAAUGAACGCUGCCGCCAUGAUUGCUGCCCAGGCUAGAUGA